GGAAGGAGAUGGGAAACUGUUUAAAAUCACCAACCUCCGAUGACAUAUCUCUGCUACAUGAGUCUCAGUCCGACCGGGCCAGCUACGGAGACGGUGCCGACCCAGACCAGGAGCCACCGCCCCCCUACCAGGAGCAGAUCCAUGUGCCUGUCUACCACCCAACACCCAGCCAAGCCCGACUGGCCACUCAGCUGACAGAAGAGGAGCAGGUUCGAAUCGCCCAGCGAAUCGGGCUCAUCCAGCACCUCCCUAAGGGAGUGUACGACCCAGGACGAGAUGGCUCUGAGAAGAAGAUCAGAGAGUGCGUCAUCUGUAUGAUGGACUUUGUGUACGGAGACCCCAUCCGGUUCCUGCCCUGCAUGCACAUCUACCACAUGGACUGUAUAGACGACUGGCUGAUGAGAUCCUUCACCUGCCCCUCCUGCAUGGAGCCCGUGGACGCCGCGCUGCUUUCUUCCUAUGAGACCAACUGACACACAAUGACGCACACACAUGCCCACAUACACCUGUGGAGCAGACUGGAAACACACAUAAAAUAUGCACACAAGUGAACACACAAAUACCAUCUUGCUAACCUGUAUCCUGGAUUAGUAAGGUGGUGGUAUAAAACAGUGAGGAUGUGAAAGAUUUAGGAUGAACCUUGUAUGCGUGUAUGUAUGAGCAUGCAUGUGUGUAUGUAUGUGUGUGUCACACAAUUUCCCCAGUUGGCCUGCUGGACAGGAUUGGAGGAAUGACCAGAGUUUGGGUGUUAAGGACAAACAGGAAGGAGCUGGACAGAGAAGAGGAGUAAAAUGUGAGCUGACGAUGGGGAAUGUGAGCUAACAGGUGUAAAGGGAAGUGAAGGGGGGGUGGAUGACGAUCAACUGAUAUGAUUAAGAAAUCACUUUUAUUGUGAAUACACACACAGCUGCUCCAAGUCAAACACUUCCUUUAUUUACUCCCCAUCAUUGAAAUGAACAAUACAGGAGGAAGGACUGACUGGCUGCAGAUUGUGUUUGUUGGACUGCUGAAGCCUGAUUACUGUUAAGACACGUAACAAGAGAGGAGGAAAAAAAAACACCUUUCAGAAGAUCUCAUUGCAAAGCUUGUUGCAGAGACAUAUCUGCUGCAAAAACAGCUACCGAUGCAGAUAUGUGACUGAAAGACUACUAGAGCUGGACAUCAACUCUUGCUGGACUAAGAUAUAUUCUGCAGACACAUCACAGGCCUCCACUGGCCCUUAGUGGAGUUGUCUGCUUGUAUAGAUCUUUUAUCAGAAAAAUAAGAUUGGUCAGUGGAUUAAUUGAUCGUCCCGUGGCUUUGUGAAGUCUGUUCUGUGUUUGUUUUGUCGUUCAGCAUAAGGGCUUCAUCAAACCAGUUUUUACCAACAACACAGGUAUGGUAAAAUGAAAUACAGUGGGUGAUUUAGUCACUAAUGUGAUGGAUAGCUGGUAAACUGUUGCUGUGAAGCUAUUGACUCCUCACCACUUUCUCAAUCACAGUGAGAUCUCAGAUUAUUGGCCCUAGCACAAGUAGACCAGUUAACCAACCAAUUAUACAAAUCGGAGAUAUUUGCACUUCUUAAUCAGACUGUUGACAAGAGUUGACCAUAUGCAUUGAGCAAUUAUGUCAAAGUGAAGUAAUACCUACAUUUGCAUUACCAUUUCAAAGGUUUGUAAUGAAAUCUACUGUCUCUGUGGACCAGAAAUGGAAACAUUAAAGACUUUGGUGACAUUAAAGUGAUAGCUUGGAUUUAUUGAAGUGAGGUUCUAUGAAGCGCUUGCCAUAGUCGGUGUAUUACUUACAGUAUAUGUUGGUCGGCUGCCCCCAGUUUUAGGAAGCAGGCAGAGGAAAGGGGGCAGUGGCACAACACAUUUAGCCACUUUAAAAAGACCCACCUAUAUACAGUACAGGCCAAAAGUUUGGACACACCUUCUCAUUCAAUGUUUUUCCUUUAUUUUCAUGACUAUUGACAUUGUAAAUUCAUCAAAACUAUUAAUGAACACAUGUGGAAUUAUGUACUUAACAAAAAAGUGUGAAAUAACUGAAAACAUGUCUUAUAAUCUAGUAAGCAAAGGGUGGUUACUUUGAGGAAUCUAAAAUACAAGACAUGUUUUCAGUUAUUUCACACUUUUUUUGUUAAGUACAUAAUUCCAUAUGUGUUUAUUCAUAGUUUUGAUGCCUUCAGUGAGAAUCUACAAUGUAAAUAGUCAUGAAAAUAAAGAAAAAAACAUUGAAUGAGAUGGGUGUGUCCAAACUUUUGGCCUGUACUGUAGAUUAACAUCAGUUUAAGGUGUGUGCUAUAUUUAGAAUAUUUUUAGCGAUUUACGUUGCCAUGGGGAACUGAAACUGUUUCAUGCUCUCAUCAAAGCCACAAAACUUCAUUGACAAUAACAGUAAUUUUACCUGUCAGAAUACAGGCGUUUCUGGUCUGCUGCCUCGAUCAUUUAGUUUGUUUGCUUGCUCUUGUGUGACUGUGUUAUAAAGUGAGUUUGGUGAAUCUGAACUCACCCUUUAAAACAACAAACAAACUAAACAAUUGAUGUAGUGGUAGAAUAGCAACUCUCUGCGAGGUAGAAAUACUGUCAUUGUGAACAGUGUCUGGUGGCUUUUAAGAGAGCGGAAAGGAAAGAGAGAGGAAAUGUCAGUUCCCUAACAUAAACAGAUUUUUUUUUAGAUAGCUAACAUACCUUUUGUUGUUGCAACCCCACUUCAAUAAAACUGAACUAUCACUUUAACCAAACUACUGAAUGAACUAAUGCCAAGCUUGGCACCCUGGUUUUGUCCAAAUUAUCAAAGUCUGGGGACGGAUUCAGGACUGAAUUAAAAACAAAUAGAAUGUUGGGCUCAUUCAAUGUGUUUGUGAAACAUUGUUAUCCUCUCAUUCAGCAUCCUGUCCUGUGGCCAGCAUAUUCAUGGAGCCAGACGUAAACAGGUGAAACGGUUAACGCUGACUGGUACCACCAUCAGGAAGCUGGUGAUGGAGACUGUGGUUAUGAGUUGUGUGUCAGUGAAUAUGACUGAAGAUGCCUCC